AUGGAACCCGCCAACCUCGUCGCGUCCGCGGCCUCCGCGAUGGCAGAAUCAGCUACGGCAGCGGCAGUAGCUCUCGAGCCGGCCGCCGAGGUGCCCAUCCAGCUCAACGCGACGAAGAUCCCACACCCCUCACACCCCUACUAUCCCCUCGAGGUCGACAUUACGGGAUACUUGGCCAAUGCCUACACGGUGCCACAAUUGCUUGCGUCUUUUGCGGCUGGGUGCGCCGUGGUCUUCCUGGUCACAUAUCUGGUCGCGAAGAAGAUCAGGCCGACGUUGCGCGGAUCUGAGCUAUUGCAGAUACUGUGGUUUGUGUUGAGCUUCUAUGUGUAUAAUUUCAGGAGACUCGGUAGCUCGCAACACUUAUUCGGGGAAUUAUGGAAGGAGUACGCGCUUUCGGAUUCGCGUUAUCUGACGCAGGAUCCAUUUGUGCUGUGCAUGGAGACAAUCACUGCUGUGUGCUGGGGACCCCUCUCCUUCGUCGUCGCGCACAUGAUCACCACCGAGCACCCGCUUCGGUACCCUCUGCAGGCGAUCGUAUCUCUUGGCCAGUUGUACGGCGAUGUCCUGUAUUACGCGACCGCCAUGUUCGACCAUUUUAUAAGGAACCUGAACUAUACUCGGCCAGAGUCCUACUACUUUUGGUUCUACUUUGUGUUCAUGAACGCAUUUUGGAUCGUAAUUCCGAUCGUCUUGAUUGCGAACAGCCUCAGAGCGUCGGGCAGAGCUUUUAGAGCGGUUGCGCGGGUGGAGAAGUGCCUCAAUGCGUCGCCGGUGAGCCCGAAGAGGAAGAAGGAAUUGUAG